CCAAAUAGUAACGUUCAGUCAGUGAUCGUGUGCACAACCACCUUCCACAUUCGAAUAACGAAUCAAACGAAACGAAUAUGUCUCGCUCUUUCCUAAUGGACUCACUUCUCAGCGAUAUGCCUCCGAAUAUGACGAAGAAGAAGGAAACCUCAGUGGUUGCCGGUGGAGCCAGUGCAGCAGCUGCCGCUGCAGUGGCUGCAGCAGCCAUGUUACCAACUAUUCCCAUGCUACCGUAUCCAGCUAGCUAUGUGGGCAGCUAUCUGUUCUCUUUGGGCAUACAACAGCAACAACAACAAGCAGCCGCUGCUGCAGCUGCCGCCGCAGGAUCACUUCCACAUAGCUCACUCUAUCAUCCGUAUGCGCAAAUAUUUGCCUCGAAGCGCAAAAGCAGCGGAUUCAAUGCCUACGAAUCAUGCUAUCCCUCGCCUCCAUUGUCAGCUAAUACCACCAAUGCCACGGGUGCAUCCAGCUCCUCACAGUUCCCAGCGAUUCAGGGCGUCUAUGGAGCUGCAUCAUCGGGUCUUCCUAUGGUCGAGCCAACUAGCUUCUGCACAUCCCCGUCGGCUUCGUCUAGUGCCUCAUUGGAUUUCAACAAUACGUACGAGGAGCAGCAGCAGGGAAAACGCUUCAAACAUGAGUCCUCUUGCUCGCCCACCGUCUCACCUGCCAAAAGCCAGCCAUUGGACAUAACACCCUUGAUCAGUGACUAUGCCGAUUCCAGCAAACGCAUUCGCACUGCCUUCACGAGUACUCAGCUGCUGGAACUGGAGCGCGAGUUCUCCCAUAAUGCAUAUCUGUCGCGGCUACGUCGGAUCGAAAUUGCCAAUCGUCUGCGUUUGUCGGAAAAGCAAGUGAAGAUCUGGUUCCAGAAUCGCCGUGUCAAGCAGAAGAAGGGCGGCUCGGAGAGUCCCACAUUCAAUCUGUCCACCAAUUCGAAUGGCAGUCCUCAGGCGUCUCCCUCUCCACAGCCCAAAGUAUGUGAACUGAAGAUCGAGGCAUAGCAUUUGAAUAUGGAUACUUUUGUUGGCUUAUUUAGUCUUAAGAAUUCCUGUUUUUUUUUUCUAAUCGUAA